AUCCUUCUCUCUUCUCUGCUUUCAUCUGCUCUCGCUUGUACUUACUCUACUUUACUUGCUUGGGUUCCCUUUUCUUCUGCUCUGCUUGCGAAGUCUACUGCGCUCUUGCUGCCAUCAUUUGACCUGUACUGAACAGACUGCUGUAAAACUCGACCUACUUCAUCUUUGCUUAGGUUAUCCUAAGUGAACAUUCAGUAGUAUUACUAUGCAAGACGGGAGGGCACCUCGGAUCAAGAACCGAGCUCCAGCGGCGAUCCAGGUCACCGCGGAGCAACUACUACGAGAUGCUCAAGAGCGUCAAGAAUCUCAAUUCCGAGCACCGAAGCAAAGGGUAGAGGACUUUGAGGAACUCCAUGAAUAUCGCGGUCGCAAGCGAGAAGAGUUCGAGAAACGUAUUAGACAAACAAGGGGUAGUAUCAAGGAGUGGUUGCAGUAUGCGAACUGGGAGGCUAGUCAGGGUGAAUAUGCUCGCUCACGUUCCGUAUUCGAGCGUGCACUGGAUGUCGACCCUCGCAGCAUCCAACUAUGGCUCAGUUACACCGAAAUGGAACUGAAGGGACGCAAUGUCCAGCAUUCACGUAAUCUCUUUGAUCGAGCUGUUACACUUCUUCCUCGGGUGGAUCAACUCUGGUACAAGUACGUCUACCUUGAAGAGCUGCUCCAAAAUGUUCCAGGUGCCCGCCAAGUGUUCGAACGAUGGAUGCAGUGGGAACCGGAUGACAAGGCAUGGCAGGCCUACAUCAAGAUGGAGCAAAGAUACAACGAGCUGGAUCGAGCGAGUGCUAUCUAUGAACGAUGGGUUGCCAUUCGACCAGAGCCGCGUGUAUGGGUCAAAUGGGGCAAGUUUGAGGAGGAGAGGGGAAAGCUUGACAAAGCAAGAGAAGUUUUCCAAACAGCUUUAGGAUUCUUUGGAGAUGAUGAAGAGCAGAUUGAGAAGGCACAGGCGGUCUUUAGUGCUUUUGCAAAAAUGGAAACGAGGCUGAAAGAGUAUGAACGAGCUCGAGUAAUCUACAAGUUUGCCCUGUCUAAACUUCCGCGCACUAAAUCGGCCUCACUCUAUACUGCGUAUACAAAGUUCGAGAAACAACAUGGAACCCGAUCAACUCUGGAAAACACAGUUCUCGGUAAACGACGUAUUCAGUACGAAGAUGAACUAUCUCAAGAUGGUCGAAAUUACGACGUUUGGUUUGACUACGCCCGUCUAGAAGAAGGCGCAUUAAAGGAUCUUCGAGAGGAGGGUGUAAGUACCGAGGAUGAAGAACAAGCAAUCGGGCGAGUGCGAGAGGUGUACGAACGUGCGGUUGCGCAAGUUCCUCCAGGAGGCGAAAAGCGACACUGGAGACGCUACAUAUUCUUAUGGCUAUAUUAUGCUUUAUUUGAGGAGAUCGAAACAAAGGAUUUCGAACGAGCGCGGCAGAUUUACCAGACAGCAAUCCAGCUUGUACCACAUAAGCGCUUCACAUUUGCGAAGCUUUGGAUACAGUUUGCGCGCUUUGAGCUCCGACGAUUGGAUCUUCCAGCUGCUCGUAAAAUCAUGGGUACAGCCAUUGGGAUGUGUCCGAAGGAGGCACUAUUCAAAGGCUACAUUCAGCUCGAGUUCGAUCUCCGAGAAUUCGAUAGGGUUCGGAAGUUGUAUGAGAAAUACUUGGAGUUCGAUCCAACAAACUCUGCAGCAUGGAUCAAGUAUGCCGAACUGGAGACUCAGUUGGAAGACUUCAGUCGCACUCGUGGUAUCUUCGAACUCGGCGUUGCCCAGCCGCAGCUCUCGAUGCCGGAAAUCCUCUGGAAGGGUUAUAUCGACUUUGAGACUGAGGAAGGAGAGAGAGAGCGGGUCCGUGCACUUUAUGAGCGCCUGAUCAACCUCAGUGGUCAUGUCAAGGUCUGGAUAUCGUAUGCCUUGUUCGAAGUGGAAGCGAUUCCUCUUCCUCGUUCCGAGAGGGAAGAAGAGGACGAGGAGGAAGAGGAAGUCAAAAUGGUGGAAGGUGAUGCUGACCGGGCAAGACAAGUCUUCCAGCGAGGUUACGAUGACCUCAAAGGCAAAGGUCUCAAAAGCGAGCGCGUUGCCUUACUCGAAGUCUGGAAGUCAUUCGAGGAAAAGAAUGGUACAGCGGACGAUAUCACGAAGGUUCAAGGCAUGUUCCCCAUUGUCAGUAAGAAGCGGCGUGUCGACGAGGAGACUGGUCAAGUCGUUGAAGACUGGGACAUGGUCUUCGCUGACGAUGAGCGCGAGGCCCAUCCUACGACAUUCAAAUUCCUCCAGAUGGCACAUGCAUGGUCUCAAGCGAAGAAGUCUGGCCAAACGGUACCACCAUCGGCGCUUCUCUCCGGGGUUCCGCAAGCUCAGCGACCAUCCACGAGCCCUGAAAAGGUUAGUGCCGCUGCACACGACGAUGGCGAUGACGCUAGCAGUGUGGCUAGUUCCAAUGCUCAAGAAAAAGCAAUUUGAUCGUUUUGAUGCAGAUCAUGCAUCAGAGGGAUGAAGCCUGAGAGCGUUCGCAACUCUGUGAGAGGAAUCGUACGUCCAUUCAGCGUCUGUAUCAAACUUGCUGUCAUGAACUUUCAAACCUUUAAGUAUGCCGAUUCCUACCCCCACCCGGUAGAGUAACCAAAUGAAAGAUAACUGGAUUCAU